AUGUUUGGUGAAAUGGAACACAAGCAAGAACAAGACAAUGGUAACCAGAAUAAUAAUAUGUCUGGUAAUGGUAUUGAUGUUACUCUAAUAUCUCCUAAAGUUCCGAAAUCAGUUUCGCCAGUUUCUUCUGCAGCUGAGGGGGAGACUUUAAAGCGGCCUCGCGGUCGACCGGCUGGAUCGAAAAACAAGCCUAAGCCACCAAUCAUUGUCACUAGAGAUAGUGCUACUGCACUUAAAGCUCAUGCUAUGGAAGUGAGCUCUGGCUGUGAUGUGAACGAAAGUUUGUUGAACUUUGCAAGGAGAAAGCAACGUGGUCUUUGUAUACUUAAUGGCACUGGUUGUGUAACAAAUGUAACGCUGCGCCAACCGGCUUCAUCUGGUGCAAUUGUAACCCUUCAUGGUCGAUUUGAGAUUCUCUCGUUGUUGGGGUCGAUUCUUCCCCCACCGGCACCACCAGGAAUUACUGGUCUAACAAUAUAUUUAGCAGGUCCUCAAGGACAAGUUGUUGGAGGUGCUGUAGUUGGUGCUUUGAUUGCUUCAGGACCUGUUGUGAUCAUGGCUGCAUCAUUCAUGCACGCUACUUUUGAUCGUCUUCCACUUGAAGACGAUGAACUUGCUGCUGCUAUGCAGAAUCAGCAUUACCAAAAUGGACGCGCGCAACAUCAUCUUGAUAUCUCUGACUUAUAUGCAAUGCCACAGAACCUCCUCAUGAAUGGUGCAAUGCCUCCUGAGGUAUACUCUUGGGCACCAGGGAGAAACUUGUCAAAAACCUGA